UCAUCAUCGAUCGUUGCCUCUGUCACUGUUGUAAUUACCCAUCCAUCUUUGUUAGCUGCUCUGAUCUGAUCUAUACAUACAUAGCCUGCAGGGGGGAUGGAAUCUCAUCAGCUUGUUGCGGCCCUUUUCUUCUCCUCAACUCUCUUCGUCCUUGCGGCCUCUUCCCUCUCCUGCCCGCCGUCUCCGGCCGGUCACACUUUCUCCGUUGGCGGCAACGGCGGUUGGUCCCUCCAGCCCUGCGACGGCUUGAACCGCUGGGCCCAAGGCCUUCGCUUCCACGUCAAUGACACACUUGUGUUCAAGUACAAGGAGGGAGAAGAUUCUGUUCUACUGGUGGAGAAAUGGGACUACUACCACUGCGUCAAGACGAGGCCCAUCCAGACCCUAAUAACUACCAGCUCUGGGAAUUCAUCAACAUUCACCCUGACCAGGUCCGGCCAGUUCUACUUCAUCAGCGGCCACGCCGACAAUUGCGCCAAGGGGCAGAGGCUCUCCGUCGUCGUCAUGUCGCCCGACCACCACUAUUUGAUCCCGUCUUCCGCACCUUCUCCCGCCCGGAUCCUGCCGUCGGAGAAUGUCCCUUCCCCUUCCGCUCCGCCCUCUGGUUCCCCGUCUCCCGCCCCGGCCCAGAAGGCGAAGUCCGGCGCCGUGGCGGUUGGUGGUCGUUCGUUUCCCGCCGUGGGGAUGGCGGUCGUCGCUGGGAUUGCUGUCAUGUUGAUGUUUUGAUUGUUAGUCAAAGGGCCGGCGUCACGUUUUUUUAUUGUGCUUCGUUUUGCGUCGUCGAACGUUACGUUUCUUUAAUUAGUGGUUAAUUAGUUGGAAAUAGGUGUUUUUGUCGUUGUCCUUUUCGCCCUUUCAUUCUGUCAUUACAUAUUAUUGUUACCUCGUGUUUUGUUUGCAGAGUUGUUCUUUUACUUAAUCGUACUUUGUUAUUGAGAGAAUGAAUCUUUUUAUUUGAA